CUGCACUCUCCUAAUCCGCCGCUAAUGCCUCGCCCUUACCUGUGGCUGACAGCGGCCCUCUCCCCUCCCCUGACAAAUGCUUUUGGAUGUUUGAUUGAAGCUGAGUAACCGGGCCGACAAGAAAGUGGCUUUCAAGUGACUGCGGCGAAAACUCCAGCGCAAAUAUUAAUUUGAAAACAUCUUGUCUUUUUGAUCACGGUUUAAUUCUGUGUGAUCUUAAGAACAAAACACAGAAAGCUCGGAGGAAAGCAAAGAUCUAGCAUCAUGAGGAACUCACUUCUUUUUUAACUUUUUUCAAUCCAUACAUACAUCUGUUCACAAUUUACUGCCACCGAUCUGUAUCUCGCUUCGAUCUUCUGGUAUUUUUUUUUUGGCAAUUUAGCAGCUUACAAAGGUUACAUUCAUCAAGGAAAGCACAUUUUGAGUAAUAUAUAUACCACAGCCAUGUCGAAGGAAACUAACUUUGAAACAGAACAAAUUCCUCAACCAGAAGAAAAAGUAGUGAUUCCCCCUUACAGAAGUCCAGAAUGUCACAACAAAUCUUUCCAGGUUAUGAACACCCUGCGUGAACAAAACCAGUUGUGUGAUGUUUUGUUAAAAGCAGCAGGAAGUGAAAUUCCAGCACACAGGGUUGUCCUUGCAUCAUCAAGUCCUUAUUUUCUUGCAAUGUUUACUGGGGAGCUGUCAGAAAGUCGACAGACUGUGGUAACAAUGCGUGAAAUUGACAGCCAUGCACUUGAACUUUUGGUGCAAUAUGUGUAUACAGCUGAGAUUGAAGUCACCGAGGAUAAUGUUCAGGUUCUGCUUCCAGCUGCCAAUCUUCUUCAGUUAACAGAUGUCCAAGAUGCAUGCUGUGAAUUUCUUAAGGCCCAACUCCACUCCACAAACUGCUUAGGAAUCAGAGCCUUUGCUGACAUGCAUUCCUGCAGUGAUUUAAUGAUUGCCGCUCACUCCUUUGCUGAGAAACAUUUUAGUGAGGUUGUUCAGGCCGAUGAAUUUCUAGCCCUGCCAACCAUUCAAGUAGAAGAACUUGUCUGCAGUGACCAGCUUACAGUUCCCUCAGAAGAGAAGGUUUUCGAGGCUGUGGUUACUUGGGUGAAUUACGACCCUGAACAUAGGCAGGACUGCCUGGCACAACUCAUGGAGCACGUGCGGCUCCCUCUGUUGUCACGUGAAUACCUCGUGAGUCGUGUGGAGACAGAAACGCUGGUUAAAAACAAUAACAUGUGCAAAGAUUUUCUCAUCGAAGCUAUGAAAUAUCACCUGCUAAGCAAUGAACAGCGGUCAUCCGUACAGUCACCGAGAACUCGUCCCAGGACACCGAUUGGAUUGCCUAAAGUGAUGUAUGUCGUAGGAGGCCAGGCGCCCAAGGCUAUACGAAGCGUGGAAUGUUACGAUUUCAAAGGAGAGAACUGGUACGCUGUUGCCGAGAUGAACUCUCGUCGUUGCCGUGCCGGAGUAGCCGUAUUAGACGGGCUCGUUUAUGCAGUUGGUGGCUUUAACGGUUCCCUGCGCGUUCGCACAGUCGACUGCUACGAUCCUGGGAAAGACCAGUGGCGUCCCGUAGCUUCUAUGGAAGCGCGGCGCAGCACACUUGGUGCGGCAGUUAUGAAUGGAUUGCUAUACGCUAUAGGAGGAUUUGACGGUACAACGGGACUCAACACUUGCGAAGUGUAUGAUCCGAAGAUAAACGAAUGGCGAUCCAUUUGUCCGAUGAGCACCCGAAGAAGCAGCGUCGGUGUAGGCGUCCUUAACGGUCUGCUUUACGCCGUUGGCGGGUACGACGGCGCGUCGAGACAUUGCCUGAGCUCAGUUGAGUGUUACAAUCCAAACUCAAACGAGUGGUGUCUAAUGGCAGAGAUGAGCACGCGAAGGAGUGGAGCAGGAGUGGGUGUAGCCGAUGGGCUCUUGUACGCCAUUGGCGGACACGACGGGCCGCACGUGCGGAAAAGCGUAGAAUGUUUUAACCCGGAUGUGAACCAAUGGCGGCCAGUAAGCGACAUGAGCAUGUGCCGUAGGAACGCUGGUGUCGCCUCGGUUAAUGGCUUACUUUUUGUUGUCGGAGGCGACGACGGCUCCAGUAAUCUGUUUUCUGUUGAAGUUUACAACCCACGGACAGACCAGUGGGGCUUGUUGUCAACCUUUAUGACGAUAGGCCGUAGUUAUGCGGGAGUCGCCGUGAUCGACAGGCCUAAUACUUAAGGUGCUAUGAGACUCGGGACUUGGAGUGUUUUAGAUUUGAGACGUUUGUUUUUAUUCACUCCUGGAAAAGUUCCUUUAGUUGAGUGAUUCCUGUCUUAAACAACGAUGAUGUUGUUGUUCGAGUUGACUCUGCGCUCCUGGCUGUAGAGCCAUUGGUAAAGGGCCGUUUUUAAGCCUCAAGAAAGAGAUUUUAUCACGUAAUAUAUAAUAAGAAAGAACAAGAAGUUGAGCCGGGAAGAGAACGAAAUUAUGCAUACUUUUAACCGUUGUGUUUGACAACUUUGUAAAUUUUAUUUAACUGAACUGUCUUGCAGAACACUGUAAUGUAAAAUACUAAAGAAAAAAAAAAUAAAACAAUAGCAUUUCGCAACGGCGGAGUUAGCUUUGAGAUACAAUGAAUAUAUGAAGUUCAUAUAUUUUGAACUGCGGUAUUAGAUACGUAUGAUGCACGA